UAAGAAUUAUAUAGUAAUAUUUUAUAGUUAUUCUUAUUACUUAUUACAAAAUAAUUUUUAAACUAAAUAUAAAAAAAUUUAUCAUGAUAAAAAGUAUAUGCAAGUUGGUUAUGAAAAAUGAGUGAGAUAUCACUCACAUAAUCAUAGACUAUCAUAAUACAAUAUCAUCAGUAUCAUAACAUAAUUGAUAAAUUAUAGAUGAUAAAUCACCAGAUGAUAACCAUAUGGUUAUAAAGCUUAUAAUUGUUAUCAUAAUAAAUUAUUUUAAGUCAUUGGUAAAGUUAACUCAUGAUUGAACAAAAUUGAAAUUUGUUGCAUACAAAUGAUAUCAAUUAAAUUUUUUUGCUUAAAAAAGAAGCAAGUAACUAAUUUUCUCUGGAUGUUCUUUUUUUCAUUUAAGAAAUAACUCAACGUGACAUUAUAUGGUAUUAUGGGUCCCAAAAAGAAUAUGUGUGUGUUUCGUGGUGCAGCGAAAAACUAUAUAGAAUCAAACUUUGCAUUGUCUUUGCAAGUAGACAACAAUUGUAAAAAUGGGCAUAUUCUGUUUGUAUUCGUUAGCAAUAAUGAAUCACAUCAAUUAACUAUUGAGCAGGUCAAUAAACUUUAUGGCUUCAAUAUUUGUUACAGUCAUACUAAACUUCUUGUUAAUGUAUCAAAAAAAUGGGCUUGCAAUUUUUUAAGAGAUUCAAAACAUUUUGUUGACUUCUGCAACGAGCCUUUUAUUUGUCAAGCAGCAACAUUUCCAGCAACAGAUUCAUUUCAGUCAGGUCCAAGUUCAAGUAAAACUGUUUCGUAUUUGUCAGUUGCCUCAUCUCCUAAACAUAAAAGUAUUUUGUCUUCACCUAAUAAAAAAAGUCCUUUGUUAUCCAGGUUAAGAGCUGACCAGUUGACUCCAAGAAAAAAACUCCUCAAACAUAGAUUAAGUGUUUUUGCUACUGAAAUUGCUACCGAAAAACGAAAGCAUAGAGAGGAUGUAAAGGUGUUAAAAGAAAAAAUUAAAACAAGGCCAAGAUUUAAACAUCUCAAUGAGACUAUUGCUCGCAAAGAAAAGACAAUUCGAAGUUUGCGGAAUAAAUUAAAAGUUCAACGUCUAAACUUACAGCUGAAUAAGCUUCAAAUUUCAAAUUUUCGUUUGAAAAAAGAACUGCAAUUCACCCAAACAAAGCUGUCUAAUGAAGAAGUUACCUUACGUCAACAACUUGCUGACAAGAACGUAGAGAUUAAUGUCCUGCAAAAUGAUAUGCUUAUUUUACAGGAAAAGAUAGAGCAAAUGCAGCAGAAAGUACAAAGCACCAGAUGUAAAAAAGUCUACUCAUCUGAUAUUAGGGCACUUAUCUAUGACAUGCUAGCAUGUCAAGUUCCUACACACAGUGUGCCCCAACUUCUUCAUAAAGUAGGAGAACACUUUGGGUAUAGAUUUAGUAACAUUCCACAUCGCAAAACUGUGGAGCAGAUGAUGCGCGAGCUGGGUAUUAUUUCAGAACUCCAGGCUGCUGAGAUAGCAUUCUCAACAAAAAAUUUGACUCUUGGUUUUGAUGCCACAACCCAGGAGGGUGUUCAUGUCAAUGUUGUGCACUUAACAAAUGAAUCUUCGUGCAUGGUUGUAGCCAUUGACCAGCUUGCUGGUGGUACAUCUUAUGACUAUAUGAGUCAUAUUACAAAGUCUGUGAAUAAUCUUGCUAAGUUGUAUAGUGACUUUUACCGGAAACAAUAUACUGAUGUACGAAGCACGAUUAUCAGCAACAUAACAAACACAAUGAGUGACAGAGUGGCAGUGAACCAUGCAACUAUAACAAAGUUAAACACUUUUUGGCAAAAAUCUCUAAAUGAACUGAACUGUCACCUUCACCCAUUGGAUACAAUUACUUCUGCUUGCAAGUCAUCGCUUAAAGCUUUGGAAACUUCAAAAGGGAAACUUUUUGGUAGAGAUUGUUUUGCAGCAAACAUUGUUGUUCAGUUAAAUAAACUCCGUUACAAGGAUGGUAAAGGUGAUCCAAAAGGCUUUGUCACCUUUUUGGGCAAGCAUGGUCUUCCUAGAAGACUUAUACCACGCUAUAGGGGAAAUCGAUUGCACAUACUUUUUCAUACAUGUGGAACUUUAAUACAUCACUACCAGAAACUUCAGAGUUUUCUGUUUUCUGGAGUAGUGUUAUGUGGAGGACUGAGAAAUAGUCUUUUCCAAGACUUCACAUCUGAUACAGGUAUACGCGAGAUGUGUCUAUGGCACACAUCUCGCUUAGGGACUGGUCCCUGGAUGAAAAAAUUCUAUGUGGCGUCAGGACAAGGACUUGACUAUUUGUCUGGCAUCCAAGUGAUCAAAAAUGUUUGCAAUGCACUUGUUGAAAGCAGCGCAGAAGCUCUUUCCCUUAUUCACCGAAAAACAGAUUUUUUUGGAGGUGAUCUCAAUGAUCCAGUUUUUCAAUCACUCAUAGGCUUUUGCCCAAGGACUGAUGAAAUGAGAGAUGCAUUAGCCAGCUGUCUAAAUGCUGUCAUUAGUGUUAUUAACCGUCAGUAUGAGCGACAGUUUACUAUGACUUUAACUGACCAACUCAAGUCCCAGACAUUAUCAGCACGUUCACAUAAUAUUGACUGUGAAGAACUUGUGGGUAUGUUUAGUGCUGCAAAGCAAAAAGCUCCUAAUGCCACACUUUGUUAUUUGUCUUCGAAAAUUCGCGCAUGCAAGAAUAAGACAGCUGAUUUUCUUUCUGAAAAACCUACUGAUAUACGAAAUAAAUUGAUAGCCUGGUCUAUUUCUUCAGCCGGUAAAAAGCGCUUGGCAAACAUGCAAUGCCAUGAAGAAAUGAAGGCAGAAUUGAUUAAACGCAUGGCUAAAAAGAUUCAAAAUAAGGAGGAGAAAGAAAGAAGAAAAGUGGAAAAAAUAUUUAAAAAAUGCGUACCUCUACAGGUAAAACAACUCUUCCCAGAUCUAGAAAAUAAUGAAGCUGCAGAUAUUGAAGACAUUCUCAAUGGAGAUGCUGUUGGAAGAAGUAUAUGCCACAUGUGGUAUGAUGCUGACACUAAAAGCCAGGAUAUGUACUAUGGCAGGCUUCUUAGCAUUUAAAAAAAAAAUAAUGCUUUAUAUAUAGUUUCUUAUUGGAAACCAAAUGAAAAUGAGGAUGAUGAUGCUGUUGAAUAUGAUAUGAGCAAAUAUCAAUUAUCUGCAGACAUCAUAAGCGGUGAUUUGAUGUUAUCAUAAGCAAAUUAUGGUAACAAUCUUAUGAUAACGUUGCUUUUUUUAAAAAGAGUUUAUAGUCCAAACUUGCA